AUGACCAAACAAACAACUUUUAUCUCAGGCGGAAACCGUGGAAUCGGGUUCGCAUUGGUAGAGUUAUUCUCGAAAGAUCCAGAAACCAAGGUUAUCACCACUUCUAGGUUCCCAGAAUCUGCCACGAAAUUGCAGGAGUUGGCAAAUUCAAAGUCUAAUGUUCAUUUCGUCAAGUUGGAUAUUGACAGUGAAGAUAGCAUCAAGACUGCCGCGGCUGAAAUUGCAAAGCUCACUAGCCACAUCGACAUUUAUGUUUCCAACAGUGCCUAUAUGAGCUUGAAUCCGAAGGUUUUGAAGACUCCUAGAGACAGCUGGAUUAGCCAUUAUACCACCAAUGUUCUUGGUGCUUUUCAAUUGUUCCAGGAGUUGUACCCUUUGGUCCAAAAGAGCGAUGUCAAGAAAGUAGUCUUCAUUUCAAGUGCUAGAGGAUCCAUCGCUUCUGACGCUCCAAUGGCUGGUUCUGCUUACGGUCAGUCCAAAGCAGCUCUUAACUACACCGUCCGUGACUUGGCGAAGGAGUUGAAACCAGAAGGGUUCACCAUUGUUCCUAUUCAUCCUGGUGUAGUGACCACCGAAAAGGGUGCCGAGGUGGGAAAGCAGAUUGUCACCUUGAUGCCGCACAUGGCCAAAAUGUUUGCUAGCAUUCCGACGUUGACGCCCCCGGAGUGUGCUGAGGCUUUGCAAAAGCUCAUCAACAACUUGAAGCCUGAAGACAAUGGAAAGUUCUUGAACUUUGAUGGCCUGGAGAUCCCCUGGUGA